CCCUUACCAUGACAGGAGAAGUCAUGUUAACGUUUUCUCCAAUAUUAACCUUACUUUAUUUUUCAAGAUAACGAUUUAUGUCUCAGACAUUCCUCUAAGAAAUGCAUCAGCUCAGCGGGAAAUACGUGAACGUGGUUCUUUCUGUAGAGUGCGGAAGAGGAAUGGAUUUUCUCAAAAAUAACGUGCACGUUACUGGAAAUUUCAACAACAGAAUAUUGGAAUCCGACAAAAUUCCAGCAGAAGAAUAUCCACCCUUUAACACAGAACUGAUCUGGGAGAUUGAAAAGAAAGAACUUCGCAAAAUCAGAAGCGCUAAUGUCCCUUUACGGGUUGAGUGCAUAACCACAGAUGUGCAUAACCGAAAAGAAAGAGUUGGGUUUGCUCUGCUGAGCCUUCGCUCAGCAAAAAUCAUUCCGGAAAAGAAUGCCCACGGGGAGCUGAGUUUUGCUUGGCAUAGACUGAUAGGAUGCCAAGCAGACAAGAAAAAGAGUCAUCCCGAGUUGUAUAUUUCACUAACCCUGAGAGAUUUCAUAAUGAACGAUGUGGAAGUUAAAAACUCUGCAGAUGCCAUGCCAUACAUUUCUGAAGAAGAUGUUCACCUAGAGGAAAGUAAAGGUUCUGAAUUUCCUAUUAAAUACUUCGAAGAUGGUCAUAUCCAGGUAGGAGACGAGGAAGAUGCUGAGAACACUUUCACUCUCAAUCUGUUGGUUAAAGAAGUGGUCAACUUAGACGGACUCUUACCAGAAAUAUUGGUGUUUCAGAAAAAUACAGAAGACUACUUCAUAUCAUUCAAAAUUCUAGGAGUGAGCAUCAAGACAAAGCCUUUCCGGAAACAGUUACAUAGUAGAAUUUCCCUCAAUGAAAAAAUUGUAGUCAAACUCUUAUCAACAGAGCAGAUUUUGGGCGAGUUCUUCAAAACCCAAUCUGUAGUAAUAAGCUUUUGUUGUGGAAAAGACAAACUUGGCGUUACGGAAUUGGAAUUGAUGGAUGUCUUUGAUCGGAAAGAUUCGAAAUGCUUUUUCAAGUUUCCUUCACCAAAUGGCAUUAUUCCUUUUGGUAGUACCGAUAAAUCACCUUACAUUGAACUGCAAACUUGGCUAGAAGCAUCGCCUAGCCAAAAAACUUCAGAGGAAGAAAUCCAGGAGAAACCAAAAGCGAGGACAAUUUUUUCAAAUAUUUCCAGAAAGCCUGAUGAUUCUGGAGAUGUGCUCAUGCAAAAUGAGGAGAACAUCGAAAAAGACAUGAAAAUCACUCCAAAGAAAGAAUUGGUUUUGGUGGACAACACUCUGGUAUCUUUUACCACAAAAUCUAUGAACACACUCAUAAAAAGUGAUCCUCUGUCUGCAAGACUACCUAAUCCAAUGGAUAGCUACCACAAAUAUCUUGUGGAAAUAAAUUUGCAGCAUUUAAUUUGGAAAAAAAAUCCCCACGAUACCAAACUCAUGUUCAAAUUCCUCCACCCAAGAGCUGCUAGUUGUACAACUAUUUUAGCAGAGAUUAGUGAUACUAAAGAAGAGAAAAUUACACUGAAUAAUCUGAGUGUGAAACUAAGUUAUCUCUCCAUACCUGACAAAAUAGAAAAAUUACUGAAAUUCUGGCCUCCUAGACUAGUAUUGGCUGACGAUUCUGAAAUUUUGAUCUGCAGAGAGCAUGUAAUCAAUAUGAACUGUUUGCGAGAUUUUGGACUCGAAUAUGAAGCAACCUUGUACUCUUUAACUACUUCGGAAGCUUUAGCAAAAGUAGGUGUGGAUAUAAGAAUAAAAGUUGGCGAUGUGGAAGAGUCAGAUGACUAUCAUUUACAUUUGCUACCGGUGAUCAUUGAUGAAAUCAUCACAGCGAAGGAAAUAAGCGAUUUACAGAAAUGGAAGCAGCAGGAAAUGAAACGCUUCGAAGAUGAACUCAGUGAAACUAAAAGACAAGAGCUGAAGAAACUUGAGGAAGAAUGGAAUGAAAAAAAAGAAAAGUUAGAGAAUCAACUGACAAUGACAAUAAAUAAGUGUAAAUAUUUACAAGAGGAGUUGGUGAAAAAAAUGAAUGGCUUGAAGACAGAGAAAAUCUUGAGGCGUAAGCAGAAUGAAAGUCACAUUUACGAAAGUAUUUUCAAAGAAAAUUGGAAGAAUUUCUCGAGCGAAAAUUCGAAAGAGUUGAUUGAAGCUUUUAGUAAAACCCAGAGAGAUAAUCAACUUCUGAAAGAAAUAUGUGAUGAACAGAGACAGAAACUUUCACAGCUUGAGAAAUCUACGUUGACUAAGUCGCAAACCACUAAUUUGCUACAAGAGUUGAGAAUUUUGGAACAGAAAUUUGAAGACGCUCAAAGAGCGAAAAGAUAUUUCAAAGAACAGUGGCAGAGAGCUUGCGAGGAGAUUCAUGAACUCAAGACGGAAGAUUUGAAAAAUUUACAAAUUCAAAUUAAACAAAGUAAGGAAGAACUCAGCCAGCUCAGCUUGGAGAAGUAUUCAGAAUAUGACAAAGAAGGCAGUGAUGAAUAUGACUAUUGAAAAAAUUAAGACAAAAAUUUUAUAAGAUCGGAAGGAAUAAAUGUAACAAAAUAUGUGA